AGCGAGCGAGCCGAACCGAGUAGCGCGGCGUGUGGUGUUGGUGUGCUGUGCGAUGAAUAGUUUCAGUCCGAACGUCGACGGGUGACGCAUGUUUCGGUACUUACUAUAAUACUCGGGCCGAGCCGCGAUCGAUCGUGAACUGCUGUGGACGUCACUACGUUCGUUAGUCGCGAGUUUCGCACUCAUGUUGGAGAGUUGUGUUGUUUGUUUGUCAAUCCGCGUUACGUUUGACAAGUGAGAGUGAGAACAAUUUAUUUGGAACCUAGUCAAAACAAUCAAUUUGAUGUGGUCGUGUUUCUUACCUUGUGUACAUACAAAAAAUACUGGAUUACAAAUGGAUAUUACCAAAGUGGCAUCCAAUGGCCCCGCCUCACCAUUAACGCUAUUCAAGAGCGCUCCGCGCGAGGCUAAGAUUCGACCUUUGGUUGGGCCGCUAGUGCUGCCGACGCCGAGCUACGACUCAAACGCCGGCUCUCCGGCCUCGUCACCCUCUACACCUUCCUGUUCCUCUUCAUUCAGCAUCGACAAGACCGACAACCAUGAUACGUUUGGCUUCAGCACCGAUACAAUUGAUAUGCGACGAGAAGAUGAAAGAAUAAAAACGUUCGAAAAAUGGCCAGUCACAUUUCUACCCGGAGAACAGCUCGCUCGGAAUGGAUUUUAUUAUCUUGGCCGCGGAGAUGAAGUACGCUGUGCAUUCUGCAAAGUUGAAAUAAUGAGAUGGGUCGAAGGCGAUGAUCCCGCCAAGGACCAUCAGCGUUGGGCGCCACAAUGCCCAUUCGUUCGCAAGCUGGGCGGCGGCGCCAGCACGGACUCGAGCGGCUCGGGCCGAGACGAGUGCGGCGCCCGCGCGGCCGCCACCAGCACCACGCCCCCACGCAUGGCCGGCCCCGUACACCCACGCUUCGCUUCCGAAGCUGCGCGUUUGCGCAGUUUUAAAGACUGGCCGCGAUGCAUGCGGCAAAAACCAGAGGAACUUGCCGAAGCUGGUUUCUUCUACACCGGUCAGGGGGAUAAGACCAAGUGUUUCUAUUGCGACGGCGGUUUGAAAGACUGGGAAAAUGAUGACGUGCCCUGGGAACAGCACGCGCGCUGGUUCGACCGCUGCGCCUACGUGCAGCUGGUGAAGGGCCGCGAGUACGUACAGAAGGUGAUGUCCGAGGCUUGCGUGGUGACGGCGGCCGAGGCGGAGAAGGACGUGGCGCCGGCCCGGCCGCCCAGCCAGCCCACCACACCCAGCACGCAACCCGAAACGCCGGAAAACUCCGUAGACGAUUCCAAAUUGUGUAAAAUCUGUUAUGCAGAGGAGCGCAACGUGUGCUUCGUACCGUGCGGACACGUGGUGGCCUGCGCUAAGUGCGCGUUGGCGGCAGACAAGUGCCCGAUGUGCCGCAGGACGUUUCAGAAUGCAGUGCGAUUGUAUUUCUCAUGAGAAGAGCCAACGAAUCGAAGGCUCGAUUCUAGUCUUAAGGGACGGUCCGACAGAGCUAUGUGCUGAAACCACGAGCUCCUAUGUCACGUUUCCACAGGCGGAGAAUCCUAUUUAAACUGAUUCCCAGAUAGUUAGAUAGGAACUCGCUAGUGUAACAAGAAAAAUACGCUUAACUGUUGAUAGGUAGAGAUUGAGUCCUUAGGAGCGAGAAGUGUACCUAAUAGUAAAAUAUAUUAAAAUACAUAGGUAAACAUAUUGACAUAUAUGAAGAAGAAUAGAUACGCUUAUUACUUUACUUUAUACAUACUUCAGGUUUAUUCGUGAUAUUACAAGUAUUUAUUUUAUAUUAUAAGCAGCUUUGAAUAAAUUAUAUUGCUUGUUUGCAAUUUCAUCUUAAGUGGGAUUUCGUAAGCCCGUUAAACAUCAUGUUAAAUAGAUACAGCAAAUAAGCCUUUUUGUCUUCAUAUACAGAUAAAAUUAAGUAUUAUUAUGGAAAUUUUCAAAAUUUCUGACUGUGGAAGCGUGGCCAUACAGGGGCCGCCCCGUGAUUUAAUAAAUUAAAAGCGGUGGGGCAAUUUUAAAACUCCGCGUUAAAUAAUAAUUUAUAAGACAAUAUAAUUUUUUGAUGUUAAAAUUAUUUUAAAUUAUUAAUAGAUACAUACAGAACGUCCACAUUUGGGAAAUAUUAAUGUCAAUAUAGUAAACAUAGAUUUUAUUAUACCUAUUAAGACUUAUUUUCACCCAAAAGGCUAGUCUAAAUAACGCAUUAGAUAAAAGUGCAAAAGUUAUAAUACUGUUUUUUUUUUUCAAAAAGUCCAAAAAUGUGCGUACUUCUCAUGUGACAUAAAUGAUGUAAAUAAUUUAAUGUAAAUAUCCUAGUUUAUCGUUUUGUCCCACCGACAAAAGUGUAAAUAAUGUUGAAACAUUUGGCAGCACAAAUAACGAGACUGAUACAAAAAAAAUGCAUUUUCACAUAAAACUUUUCAAAAAUCCGCCUUGUUCCUUGUGCUAGCUAAAUGUAAAUGUGAGUAAAUUUUCUUAAUAAUGCAAAUUCAAGUUGAAUCAUUGAAGCCCUACUGACUGUUUCGGAAUUUAGUUAUUUUAAUGAUAGCAUUUCUAAGACUAAUGACACUGGCGUGCGAUGCUUAUAAGAAAAUAAAUAAGUUGCAUAUCAAUUGUUUGUUAAUAUGCUAACUCCAGAACUUUUUUCUUGACGUUCUAUCACGGAAGGAAUGUAUUUAACAAAUCGCAUUACUGUAUUUGUCAUAGGAAUAUCAUUUGAAGUAGAGGUUUCCUACAAAGGUCAUUUAAUAUUAGUAAAUACAACUCAUGCCACUGAAUUAUAUCGUUUUUGACAUUUAAUAUAAAAAUAAUAAAUAAGAAACUUAAUUUAAACGGCGUAUUAAAUUGUUUUUCAUAUGUGAUUACUAUUUCAUUAUUAAUAAAAGUUGUUAAAUCAUA